CUUUCAAUCAAGGAAAUUGUCCAUUUCAUCUAAGUUGUCAAAUUUAUGAACAUAAAGUUGUUCGUGAUAUUCCCUCAAUCUCUGUAGUGUUACCACAUCCCCCAUUCCUGACAGUCCUACUUAGGAGCAUUUGUAGUUGUGAAGCAGUUCUACGGAUUCCCUGAAAGGUUCGGAUUAUUCUUACGUGUAUGUGUUUCAGCACGCAGGCAGACCAUGCUCUUUUCUGCCACCCAAACUCGAAGAGUUGAGGACCUGGCGAGGAUUUCUCUGAAAAAGGAGCCAUUGUAUGUUGGUGUCGAUGAUGAUAAAACUAAUGCAACAGUGGAUGGUCUUGAGCAGGGAUAUGUUGUUUGUCCUUCCGAGAAAAGAUUCCUCCUGCUCUUCACAUUCCUUAAGAAGAACCGGAAGAAGAAACUCAUGGUCUUCUUCUCAUCUUGUAUGUCCGUGAAAUACCACUAUGAGUUGCUGAACUACAUUGAUUUGCCUGUCUUGGCCAUUCAUGGAAGGCAGAAGCAAAAUAAGCGUACGACCACAUUCUUCCAGUUCUGCAACGCGGAUACGGGGAUAUUGUUGUGCACGGACGUGGCAGCUAGAGGGCUGGACAUUCCUGAAGUCGACUGGAUUGUUCAGUAUGACCCUCCAGAUGACCCCAAGGAAUACAUUCAUCGAGUGGGAAGAACUGCCAGGGGCCUAAACGGAAGGGGGCAUGCCUUGCUCAUCUUGCGUCCUGAAGAAUUGGGUUUCCUUCGUUACCUGAAGCAAUCCAAGGUAAAGGUCUUUGCUUGGGAAGUCUUAAGUUGGAACAGAUCCUCUUGGUGGAAUUGUUGGCCAGUGCAGGUGGCCUCGAAGUGUCGAGGAGUCAUGAGUCAUUGCAGUGCUCCUGGAGCAGUUGUUACAGAUGUGGAACAGAUGAGGUUUUGUGGGGGCUGGCCCAGGAAAUGUGAACCAAAAGGACUACCCGUAUGGCUUAAUCCUUGAGUUCCGUGUUGUCAGCCUGUGUCCCUUGCCUCCUCUCCCAGUCCUGCGGCCUGUUUGAAACCACCUCCCCUCCUGUUAAAACCCCUCACACCUGACCGUCGCUGCCUCCUGCUCCCCUCCCCGCAGUCUUCUCUGCAUCUUUUUCUUGAGCAUCUUUCCCGCUUACCUCCCCAAAGCAGUGGGGUCCUCAUUCACUCCUGCCCCUUCCUCCUCCUCCUCUUCUGUCCCUCAUUUGUCAGCUGGUUUGUCUUCAGUCUUCAGUCUCUCCCUUACAGUCAGCUCUUUACCAGCUCAAGUCAUUCACUAAGAAAAAUAACUUCAACCCGAAACCCACUCUCCUACCACCCCUCCAGCCUGGCUACUGCCUGUUGCCUUUCUUCUGUCUGCAUUUUGAAUCGUGGUUUAUAUUUUCUCCAUUUUUCCACUCACCCUGUGUCCAGCGCAUCCACCAAACCUGAAUUCAUUGUAACUGUGAGUGGCCUCCGUUGCUGGGUGUGGUGAAUGCUCACCAGGCCUGCGCGUCCCUGCAUUUGCCUCCUUGUCAGCUCCCGGCACAGUGUUGCCAGGUGGAUUUUCCUCAUUCCACAGCUCCGCGCAGCUUUCCAGAAUUGCUGCUAGACUUGGCACUUUCUCUCUGGAAUGCCCUUGCCUGGUUCUCUAGACUGCCUCUGGCUUCAGCUAGCUGUGUCUGUUCUGGGAAGCCAGCCCUGACCUCCAUGUCCCCACAGCUGUGCUGGCAGCUACGUCCUCCCAGCACCCAGCAUAGGUCUGGCCCUCUUCCACUUACCUAGUCAGGGAUGGCUACUAAG